AUGAACGCUAUUGUUGCUUUGAUCUCUGCCGUCAGCGUUCUCGCUGCUUCCGCUGCUGUUUUGGACUUAAAGGCCCCCGAUGCCGCCCAUGGUGCCGUCGUCAAGGGUGUCCACCAUGGUGCCCAUGUUGCUCACUUUGUCGCCGGUGGUGAGGUUGUCGAUGGUCUCAAGUGCGGUGCUCACUUUGCCUGGACUGCUCCAGCUGGCAAGGCCGUCAAGGAAGUCUUGGCCUUCUCCCACUGCAAGCAUGGUGGUCUCCUUUUGUUCCAUGUUGCUUUCGUUGAUGGCACUGAGGGCUUCUUCCACGUUGUUGGCAGUGUUGCUGUCCCAGUUUCUCACCAUGUAUGGUUGGCCAAGCUCGCCAAGGGUGUCUGCAAGCAUGCUCCAGCUCUUGCUGGCUUGCCACAUCAUGCCGUUUUGGUUGACUUGGCCCACGUCUUGGCUUAA